UACGUCAUUGCCAUCCUGAUAGUCAGGGAUGACAGAUCACUCAUGGUCUCUGGAAAUGCUGGAUACUGGCUCGUUGUUAUCAGAACUAUGCCUGACCUCAGCAGCUCAUGUUUUACAUGUAGGAAUUUAAGACGUGUUAUACUAGAACAAGAUGGCAGACCUCUAGACAGAGCAGAAAUUGCACCCUUUUUUACCAAUCUUGAUUUGGAUGUGUUCAGACCUUGGGCAGAUCAGACAAGGAGGACAAAAGGAGGAGUGGUAAGUAGCAAGUGCUGGGGUCUAGUUUUUACGUUUCAAGUAAGUAGAGCAAUCCAUAUUGAGUUUCUGGAGACAAAUGUCAGUUCAUUCAUAUGCGCCCUAGUAUGCUCCAAAGCCAUUCUUAGUGUCGUCACCUAAUGCUCCUCCCCAAAAAUGGCUGCUGAGAAUGGAACCACAUUCCGUUCUGCAUAUUAUCUAAUCGGAUUUUCAGUUUCUAUUUUUCGGACAGGGUUUAAACCAAGUUUACAGUAUUGGUUGUAUCAGUACCCUUUGUGUGAAUGACAGAACAGUUGAGACUGUUGCGUGAAAACAAGCAAUCUGCAAGUUCAAACUUUAUAAGAUGAGCUGUUUGUAGGGAGGAGCAUUGCAUGCCAACAUAAAAGAACAGCUGUGGAGCAGACUAAAAUUUUACGUGCCUUAAGGCAUUUUUUCGCCAUAAGAGGUCAUGCUUUGCACCUGAGGUGCGACUGGGGUAGCAACUCGGUACAAAGACUGUGAUGAAUGAAGAGUCAGUGGCAAGGUAAUUAUAUGAGUAAGGAUGUGAGUGGUUAUUCAAUCCCCCCAUGCAUCCCGCUUUGGUGGUGCAGCGGGAAGGCAGAUAGGAACCAUCUGAUACAUGAUGCCAUGCUUUUUGAGUAGGGUUGUAGGAGCUGACCCAUGAGCUACUUGAUUCCCUGAUGUCAGAAGCCACAGCAAUAGUCAACGCUCACCUGAUCACAGCUAUACCUGCUGAUAUCAAUGAACCCCAGCCACUACCACCAGCGAUGUUGCUGCCACAAACGAUGUGCCGACUUGACACCCUCCUAGGAAGCUUUACAUCGUAA